AUGUGUGGGCUCGCUCAGCCUACUGGAUCUAUACUUGGGUCUGGGCGGCUUCGUAUAAACCGCAAAAAAGAUCUGUCCAAAUUAGGUAUUCUGUUAGAAAGCGAAAUAGCCCGUGGCAGACAGGAAGGGCAGUCAGACAGUGCUUGCGGUUUAUUUGAAUUGCGUUGUGUGAAUCGUGGCGGGCAUUUUCAAAUUUUCGAACAUUGGACUGCUGAAAUGGUACGAACCAAAGCGGAUGUGAAGAAAUAUGAUUUAUCUUCUAAUUCCUUGAAGAGUAAUUCAACUGCUGAAGAUUCUAUAUUUUCUAUAAUACAGCAUCAUAAUACCUCUUCGGAGCUUCAGCAAGCACCAGAACGUAAAGCAAACCUGGAAAACAGAAUCAGUGAACAGGGUAUGAAUCGCAGUGGUGGACGUCCUCGAUAUGGUCAUAAAGUUGUGCGCGAUUCAAAAAAGCGUUCUCGGCGCUAUAGACCAGGCGCGAAGGCGCUCAAAGAAAUCCGCAAAUAUCAAAAAUCGACGAAUUUGUUGGUCAGAAAGCUGCCGUUUGCUCGUCUUGUUAAGGAGAUUGCAAAUGAAGUGACUAGUACUACUGAGAGGUGCCGUUUUGCAGUGGAAGCAAUUGCUGCACUUCAGGAGGCAUCAGAAGCUUUUCUCGUCCAGAUUUUUGAAAACGCGUUGUUGUGCAGUCAGCACGCUAAACGAGUAACAGUGAUGCCGCGCGAUAUUCAGCUUGUUCGUCGUCUAUUAAAUUUUUGA